AUGCGACUAAUCAACACGUUCCCCUUGCAAUUUAUAGGUUCCGUUUUUUUUGUGUUUUCUUGGGAGAAAAAUGUGUCUUUGACAAAAAAAAAGAAAAAUUCGUCAAACUUCCUAUUUUUGAUAACAAAUUUGUUUUAUUUGUCUGUGAAACACAUUGUUUUCAGUUUCCAUAAAAAUGUCAUUUUCUCUACUUAUUCAAAUUUUUAGAAAAGUUUUGCAUAAUAAUUUUUGAUUUCGAUGUGAAAUUUGAAUAUUUAUUUAUUUUUUUGUUUUGAUUUAUUUUUUCUCAUUUCAUUUUCGUACAGAAGAAAUAUUGUUUUGGGUUUCUCUUAUCAUCUGAUACUAUCAUUUUAUUUUAUUGUUUUUUUUCUAUAGUUUUUCAGAAUUAAAAAUAAACAACACAUGGUUUUUUAUGAGUUAAUGAAAAUAUUCCGAGUUUUCAUUUUUAUGAUGAGAAGAAUAAUUCGAAAGCGUUUUAAUUUUCAUCGGCAAAAAAAUCUCGAAAUUUUCGGUUGUUUUUAACGCGAGCCGUGUACAAGUUUUGAUAAAGAUCUGAAAUUCCAAUAAAUUCCUCUGGGUUACUGUAGUCGGUUCCAAGUUGUUUUCCAAAGUUUUUGUAUAUCAUCAUAUUUUUUACCCAUUGUUGAAGCCUCCUGAUUUUGAGCCUUAAAAAAUAUUUCAAAUUCAAAAUAUUGUAGAUCAGAUGAGUUACUGUAGUUUCUAGAUUACUGUAGCCCUUAAAAAGGUGCCAAGUUAUUUUUCACUCUUCGGUUACCCUCUCUAAAUUACUGUAGAUUCAAAAAAGCUCACAUUUCCCCCUACUGUAGUUCCCAUUGAAAAAUUGCUAAUUUUUUUGUGACUAAAAAAACCUGGCAAAAAUAAUCCUCCUACUCUUUCUCGAAAAAUUCGUGCAUGACCCGAAUUAUUUUUGUCUUAUCAGUAGUUUUUCCCUCAAUAAUUUUUCAGAACAACCCCCAACCCCGUUGAUUUUUCAACCCGGCAACCCGAAAAAUUAGAUAAAUUUUUCUUAUUAUCAAAAUUCAUUUAGGUCGUCUUUUUUUUUCGGCCGAUUUCUAUAUGCUUUUUUGUUGUUGAUUCGACUACGAGUGAAGAAGAUAACACUAAUCGAAUUUUACUAUUUUUAUGUUUUGACAUGAAACAAUUUUCACUAUCUCAAGAUCAGAACAAACAACACAAACAGAAUUGAAAAUAAAAAUGAAAAUAAAAAUUCUCAUGUCUCCUCUCCCCAAAAGUUCACAUUUUCACCUGCUCUUUUUUUCCUCUAACACCAAAGUUUCCAUUUUAUUUCAAAAUAAAUUUUACAAAAGUUUCAGGCUCAGGCAAAAUGGGAUAUUUUGCGAAAUUGUUCCCACCAUUUUAUAAAUAUGCGGUUUUUCUGUUUGUCGGGUUUGAAUUUGUGUAUUCGGCAAUAGUUUUGGCGAUUUCAGAGGCUUAUUAUAAAUCGACUUCGAAUGUGCUGCCGAUUGCGUAUAAGUGAGUUUUUAAAAGAAAAACACAACUAGAGUGCUGUAGAAUUCUAUAGAAAAAAACUCGAAGCUAAUUUUCUGGACUACUGUAGAUACUUUCUAAAAUUUUUUGUAGAUCAGCAAUAUAGAAGCUUUUCAGAAUUUUUUUGACUCCAAAAAAACUAAAACUAAUUUUUCUAGAAUGUUCGAAGACACUUUGAAAAAAAGGAAACCAGGUUUUGACUGGACACCCGCAGAACAACAAAUUCUCGAAACUCACAAAAAUGAAUUGCUCAUCUUAUGGAUUAUUUCAAUUAUUGGAGUUCUUCUUUGUAUGCUUGUUAUUAUUCCACAAUUUUUUGAUUUCAAUGAUAAACGAGGAAAUCCAAGUCAUUUGGUUCGUUCUGAAAAUUUCAAAAAAAAAACUAAUAAAAAAUCUGGAAAUUUUUAGUGUUUGGUUCGUCGGACGAUCGCCUGGAUUUUAUACAUCGCUGUCGCUAUUUAUGUUAUUAUUUUAGGAAUUGCUGUUGUUUAUUUGUGGAGUGAUGGAGGAGCAGCCAGAAAGUGAGUUUCUCUCAUAAUCUAGUUAAAUAAACCAAACCUCAAAAUAUUUUUAACCUUUUCUAUCCUUCUCUUUUCCGCUGACCAAAAAAAACAAACACACACAAAACAAAAAACAGCCAGCAUAUAUCGACAAUUUUAUGCGUCGUUGUUCACCGGGCGUCGUGGCGGGCGUCUGUGAGUCAGCUUCUUGACGGUAGAUAAGUGUGGAUGAAGUGAGAGAAGGAGUUCUGUGGAUGUUUGUCGUUAACGGCGACCGAGUGUCCGUGCCAAGCAUUGCGUCGUUAGGGGUAAAUUGGCGGAGGCCGAAUUAUCCUGGGCGGAUAAGGAGAGGCGGAUGGCUCAGGGCCGAAAGGCAGCAGGCAAAAGCUUCCGCGUUGUGCAGUGGCCGGAUAGCACUUGCGAGUUAACACACAUUCACAGCCUUCUCGAUAUCUUCAGACCACUUGUCGAACUUUUUGCAUUUUUUAGGAUAUUGAAGCAAAAGUUCUAUCGUCUACAAAUCUGAGAAUUCCCAGAAUUUUUCAAAAAAAAAAUAGCCUAUCUAAUUUUUAAAAAAAUCAGAAGUCAGGUAAAAUAUUUACUCUCAAAAAAUUCUUAUCAAAAAAUUAUUUUAUUUCCACCGGGUCGCCUACUGAUGUACUUUAUUUACAUUUGUGAAAAAACAUCAAAUAAUUGAUAAGCCCUGAUUCAAACAUCAUAAGAUCAUAACAAUUUUCAGACACUUUCUCGAUCAUUUCGAAGCUGCUGAAAAAGAAGAACAAUUUAUUUCGGAAAUCGAACGAGUUUUUCUGUGCGAAUCUGACGAUGAUAAUGAGGUUGAACCGCAAGUUGUGAGCAUGUUUUGUGGUGGUUUUUUAUUGGAGAUUUUGAUUUUUCUUUAAAAUUAUUGAAGUUUUGAGCUUAAAACGUGGUUGAUUUUGUGGUGUUGUGAAAAGAAAGCAUGGUGUGAUUUGAUAGAUUUUUAAUAUUGAAAAUUUUUGAAAUUAUUUCCAAAUAUCAACAUUUUCCAGCUAUGCUACCGUAAGAUUCGACACUCUCUGAUUUCUGAACAAUGGUUGGAUCUUCUACUUCUUGUUUAUAUUGUUGGACACGUUUUGGCAUUUUUAGCCGUUCCACUUUUCAAUAAACGUAAGUUCUGAAAAAUUCAGAUUUCUAAACACAUAUUCAAAUUUUUCCAGAACUUGUCAAAGAAGACAUUGAGGAUGAUGUUUACAACAAUACAAAUGGAAAAUUGCUCGAAGCCUAA